UUGCGCCGUUGCCACAAUUCGCCGGUCCAAAUUCAAACGCUGCGCAGCUGCAGGAAAUCGUCUUUGUAGCGACGUAGCUGGUGUCAAAUUUUCUCUUUCUCGUCGUUGCCGUUGCCUGUGUCCCCCGUCUUCGUAUUCCAGCAUCAAACAGCCGGCAAAAGUAAAAUGGCAAAUACAAAACCGGAGCAAGUGGACGAGUCGCUGGAGGACUCCUCGCCCGAGGAGGAGGAGGCCGAGCAGAAGACCCCCAACAAGUUUCUCGACUUCACCAACGUCUUGGCCACGCUGCAGAGCCAGCGGAACACCGACAAGCUGGGGCAGCUGCCCCCGGCCGUCAAGCGGCGGAUCAAAGCCCUGAAGAAGCUCCAGCUGGAGACGACCAACAUCGAGGCCAAGUUCUUCGCUGAGGUGCACGCGCUCGAAUGUAAAUACCACAAAUUGUACGUGCCCAUGUACGAAAAGAGGAACACUAUCGUGACGGGGGCUUACGAGCCCACGGAGGAGGAAUCUCAAUGGCCUUCGGACGACGAAGACGAAACGCUGGGGAACCAGCUCAAGAACAAGGCCAAGAUCGAGGAGGAGAAAACGCCGGAGAUUAUACCCAAAAACCCCGAAACUAACGAUGUGCCCGACCCCACGGGAAUACCCAACUUCUGGUUGACCAUCUUCCAGAACGUUAACCUUCUAUCCGAGAUGAUUCAGCCCCCAGACGAACCCAUCCUUAGCCAUCUGCAAGACAUCAAAGUCGACUGUUCCGAAAGCCCAAUGAGCUUCACUCUAUCAUUCCACUUCUCCUCCAACCCCUAUUUCACGAAUUCGGUCCUCACGAAAGAAUACUUCAUGAAGUGCGAGCCGGAAGAGGACGAUCCGUUUAAUUUCGAGGGCCCGGAAAUUUACAAGUGCAAGGGUUGCACCAUUAACUGGAACAAGGGUAUGAACGUGACGCUGAAAACUGUGAAGAAGAAGCAGAAGCAUAAGAGCCGCGGUGUGGUCCGUACUGUGACCAAGACCGUUCAGAACGACUCGUUCUUCAAUUUCUUUGCGCCGCCUGAACUCCCCGAGAACGCCAAAGGGGAGGAAAUCGACGACGAGUUGCGCCAGUUACUCACUACUGACUUUGAGAUUGGGCAUUACAUUAGGGAGAGAAUUGUUCCAAGGGCCGUGUUGUUCUACACAGGGGAAGCGAUUGAAGAUGAGGAUGAGGAUUACGAGGAUGACGAUGAUCUGGAGGACACCACUGAAGAAAGCGAUUCCGAUAAAGAGGAAAACGAUAAGGCGGCCAGAGACGCGAAUUGCAAACAACAAUAAGUGGGUUAUUUUCUUCCUAUUCUGCGCUUAUAAUUGUAACUUAUUUAAUUUCUUUUGUGACUAAAUUGUUAGAUUUGGUUGGAAAACUAUUGUUGAUGAUAAAGGGUUUAUGGACCGUUGCAAGCGAGGUUUCUCUCGGGGAACGCGCUCUCAGAGUUUUCCAAAUUGAUUUGUACUAUUUUGCAAAAUAAACAAUUUUUUUAAAGAAAA